AUGCCGCGAUUGCUCGCACCCCCUCCUCCUCUCCUCCUCCUCCUUGUGCUACACCUCGGAUGCUGCUCCUGUGAAUCUGUGUUCCCCUGGGACAACGCCUCCAUCGCUGUUCAACCAUGCGUUCUGAGCAAGGAUUGGGACCUGAUCAUCCGGCAGCUCAGCGGCUCCAGACCACAGUCAGAUCAGCAGCUCCAGACAGGAGGACUCGGACAGCUCGCGAGCAGAGGGAGCGCUGCGUACGGCAACGGCAUCUACCGUGUCACCUCCUCUGGUGACUAUUCCGACGGGACUGAGUACGCCUGGAGCGCCUUCGACUUCAUCAGCAACUCGACGACCAUCAACUUCUGGACCACCUACACGCACAGCUACUACUCCUUCUCGACAGGCCAGUACGUCAGGUACCCUCCUACCGUCACCUCCACAGGCAUCUCGUGCGCAGGUGAGUGGCUGCAAAUCUCGCUCCCAGUCUCCAUCUACCUCUACAAGUACGAGCUGUACACGCGGGCCAACAACUUGUUCCGAGGGCCGAAGAGGUUCUGGAUCCUCGGCUCCAACGAUGGCUCGACGUGGUCAGUGGUCGACUACCAGGAGGGAGUGACUGGGUACACGAGCGCAGGGAAGAGCUUUGUCGUAGAGCCGACGCAGAAGUACAGCUACUACCGGAUCGUGGUGAACGAGAACAACAAAGAGAACUGGGUGAGCAUCAGCUGGUGGAAGCUAUGGGGAGCAGAAAUUCAGGGACAUGAAACUCUCCUGUAUCCUCCUGCUCCUCUCUCUGCUCCUACCUCCACCAUCUCCAGCGCUGCGUACGGCAACGGCAUCUACCGUGUCACCUCCUCUGGUGACUAUUCCGACGGGACUGAGUACGCCUGGAGCGCCUUCGACUUCAUCAGCAACUCGACGACCAUCAACUUCUGGACCACCUACACGCACAGCUACUACUCCUUCUCGACAGGCCAGUACGUCAGGUACCCUCCUACCGUCACCUCCACAGGCAUCUCGUGCGCAGGUGAGUGGCUGCAAAUCUCGCUCCCAGUCUCCAUCUACCUCUACAAGUACGAGCUGUACACGCGGGCCAACAACUUGUUCCGAGGGCCGAAGAGGUUCUGGAUCCUCGGCUCCAACGAUGGCUCGACGUGGUCAGUGGUCGACUACCAGGAGGGAGUGACUGGGUACACGAGAGCGGGGAAGAGCUUUGUCGUAGAGCCGACGCAUAAGUACAGCUACUACCGGAUCGUGGUGAACGAGAACAACAAAGAGAACUGGGUGAGCAUCAGCUGGUGGAAGCUAUGGGGAGUUGAGACUGCCCAAGAUUUUCUUAGACUGACUCGCAAGAGAAGAGCUGUCGAGUACUGA